AUGACAGUUGUCACAUCGGGAAUUUUGGUUCUGAGCUGCCUACUUAUUGGCACCAAAGAAGGAUCGGGCCACUUAUUUGAACCCAUUUGUGGUUAUUCAAGGUCUGUGUUCGGGUACGAGGGAUCACAGGUUUCGGGAGUUCAAAGUGCGCACAUAUUAUCGCAUCCAUGGAUGGUUAUGAUUAUUGGUUCUGAAACUUGUGGAGGCUCCCUUAUCAACUCUCAAUUUGUUCUGACAUCAGCGGAUUGCUUGUCCGAUGGACACAUGAAGGUGCGCUUGGGAGAAUUUGAGACUACGAAUUCCAGGGAUGAUUGCAGUUCGGGCUCCUGCAUUCCAACGGCCUAUGAAAUUGAUGUCGAUAAGAAAAUUAGGCACCGUGACUUUGAUGGUUCCAAGAAUGAUAUAGGCCUGCUUCGAUUGGCCAAAACUGUGCAAUACUCAGAAUACGUCAUGCCGAUUUGUCUUCUCGUUAAUGAGCAAGUGGAGUACAUUAGAUUGUUUAAGGCAACCAGCUGGGGUCACACUGAACAUGGUCGCCUAGGCAGUUCUCUACAAGUAGCCACCAUAGAAAAUAUCAACCGUCGAGAUUGCAACUGGUCACUGAAUUCCACGCAUGCUGUAUCCCAGAUAUGUGCUAGAGGUCUACACCGUGUGGAAUGUGCGGGGAAUCCCGGAGGCCCGUUGAGCGCAGAACGAUACUAUGAGGGAGUUUUACGGGUCUUUCAGUUCGGUGUUAUCAGAAAUGCUCCUAGUCCAUGUACAGGCCUAAGAGUUCACACAAAUGUUACGCACUUUACAACCUGGAUAUCGCAAGUUGUUAACACUUUUAAAUAUUAAAGCCGUUUGUACCAAUGCUUAACAAAUAAAAAA